UUGACGUUUCCGUGUCACGUGACCGGCGUAAGGCAACACCGGAAGUUGUGUGCGAUCCGGGGGAGACUGGGAAGAAUUGAAAAGAGAUAAGGAGGAGGAAGAAGAAGCCUCACCUGCUGCUGGGAAACCUGUUUUUGAAUGUGGGUCGUUUUUGAAGUAUAAUAAAAACUGAUAGAAUGGAGUACAGAAAAGAUGAACUCUGGGCUGAAGGUCGAUAUGAGUAUGAGAGGGUUCCUAGACACCGCCUUCCUCCACGUGACAUUCCUCCAGAUGGUGAAUAUCACAGAGUGGUAAAUCUAGUCAGAAGGCCAGAGGAAGAAGGAUAUCAUCGAUAUGAAGAAUAUGGUGAACCAGAUUACAGAGAUUAUGAAGAAAGCCAUGCUUAUGAAAGAAAAGGUGGACCAUAUAGAGGGGAAGAACCAGGGUAUAGGUGGGCAAGAGGUGAAGCACACAUGAGUCGGCAUGCAGAAUACAGAAUGUUUUCUACUUGUGGAAGUGACACAGCUGUGCUAAUGAGUUCUCACCAAGCUAAUUGGAGGGAGAACAGAGAAGGAUUCAGAAGAAAAACGUUAUGCCAGCCUCCAUACAUACGAGAGCGGUCUCCUCACAGAAGAGAGUCGCCAUAUUUCCGAGAAUCUCCAGUAACCAGAAAAGACUCUCCGCACAGUAGAUCCGGCUCCAGCGUCAGUAGCAGAAGCUAUUCUCCAGAAAGAGGCAAGCCAUUCCCCACACACCAGCACAAAAAUAAAGACAAAUCAAGCACACAUCCUUUAAGAUCUUCUAAAGACCCAUCUCCUUCAAGUUCAGGCGCUAUAACUUCCAUCAAAAGUGGAGACCAAGAUAAAGCAAGUCGCCUCUCGUCUGAGAUUGCUUUUGUGGAUGCUGCCUGCAAAUGGGUUUCUGAGAAAAUGGAGAAAGUGUCUGAAAGCAAUGUACCUGAAGCCACAGAAGACUUUGUAAAAGCAGGAUCAUCUUCUGCAUUAUAUGGGGACCAAAUAGCAGAACUAGAAGCCAAUGUGUCUGCGAAUUCCGAACGCUACGAUUCAAAUCCAGUUGGCAACAGAUCCAAAGCCAUUGCAGCAAAGACAAAAGAAAUAGAAGAGGUGUACAGGCAAGAUUGUGAGACGUUUGGCAUGGUUGUGAAGAUGCUUAUUGACAAAGACCCAUCCCUUGAAAAGCAGGUCCAGUUUGCUUUACGACAGAAUUUAAGCGAGAUCGGCGAGAGAUGUAUUGAAGAACUUAAAUUGUACAUUGCAGAAUAUGAUGCAGCCCAUCAAGAACUGGCAUAGCACAUGAAGAAUAUAAAUAAUUGUUACGUAUUUUACCUUCUAUAAAAGAAUAUCUAUGACAGAUGCAUAUAUCAUGCUUUAGGGGACAUACUCUAUCCAGUCUGCAGUGCAGUAUACUAUGCGGCUCAUUUCCUGUGCAUUGACAGAAAGAGUUUUGUAAACGGCAUCUUGUUAAAUUGAGGGUGGUAUUGUAUGGUCCUUAGUCACACUCCUAUGAUGUGGUUUGUAAAUUGGAUAGCUGCAGGCAAUAGGCAUUUCGUAACUGCACUACAGAAUGUAGAGCAUGCUCUAGAGACAAAAUUUGGGCUACUGCAAAUUUUCUUAUUCGUCACAAAUUAUUUUUUUUAUUUGGAAAUAUCUGUGGGGUUACAUGUAAAUAUGGGCUAGACCAACCUGUAGUUGAGUAUUGUACUCAUAUAUACAUUGUUUUAUUUGAGGAAAAUGUCCUUUUUACUGUAAUGUUUGUAAAAUCUCUCCCAAGUUCUCUAUGUAUACUGUAAGGUGAAGGCCUCUGUAGAAGGAUUAAACAUUUUGAUUUUACUUCUGUAACCACCAUAAAAAUACCUCUUGUCCCAACAA